AUGAACCAAGCUCUACGUGACGACCUGCAAGCGCUUGCUGUUUCCGAUGAGGGCCUGCUCGCUGAUGCGGUCCUGCGAGGGAGGAAUGGCGAUGUUAAUGCCCACUUGGCUUUACUGGAGGUGCGAUGUCCGCAACUCGCCGAGAAGGCAGUGAAGGAGCCAGGUGGAUCCCUUUGGACUAUCGCCCUGCCAGAUGCAAGCGUAGACGCACUCCGGGACCUGCUGCUCUACCUCUACACGGACGGCCUCCCUCCAUCUUUCAGCGAGAACCCGACACGGGUCUUGGAUUUGCUGACGGUGGCAGCAAGCUUGGUGAGCCGGGGUUCUCCGCAUGCAGUUUCAGAAAGCAGGAAUAAGAGGAUCAGGUUAGAAGACAGCCCAUGCGAGAUGAGACGCUUGUGGACUUUAUGCGAACAGUAUAUGUGCGAGUCUAUGACAGAACAGACCGUGGUGGAAGUGCUACAAGCUGCCCUCAGGAUUGGCUCGCAGAGUCUCGAAGACGGUGUGUAUAAGUUCCUGAAGGAGCGAGGAAGUGGCUUGAUCAAGUCCGUGCCUUUCAACCAGUCUCUGGUGACUGCUUUGAGCAAUGAGCAUCCAGAAGCUAUAGCACGUGCAAUUUCUGCAGCGGCUGGCACCGCAGUCCAAGUUCUGCCAAGCAAUGCUUCGCAGCUCACUGCUGUGCCACCUUCGAAGUUGCUGCAGCAUCUCGGCGCGCUCUUCGAAUCCAGUCGCGACGCGGAUGGCACACCGCUGGACCUCGACUCGAGAAUCGACUGCCGGAUCUGUUGGGGAGAGCUGGUGACAUCUCAGUUGGCUGCGCACCGAUGCGUCCUUGCGGCACGGUCUGCCUAUUUUGCACGAAUGCUGUCGGCUCCCAUGCGGGAAAGCUCCAGCGGAAAAGUACCCAUCACACUUCCAGUUGGCCCAAGUUCUGCUGCAGUCAAGGCUUUCCUUUGGUACUUGUAUAUGGGCUCAUUCCCAGAAGAAGUGGACGGCCAACCGUUGACCACAUGCGAUUGGGUUGACGUGCUGUCCAUCGCGGAUGGGCCAGGUGGCUGCAACUUCCUUCAGCUGUCCGACAAGGCUCACUCCGAAGUGCGUGAACUGGCAAUGGCGAGCCUUGCAGCCCAACAGCAGGGUGAUGGCUCAAUGAUGUUCCUGCGCAGAUCGAUGGCCCAGAAGUGUGUUCAUGCGCAGCCUCUUGCUUUCAAUGCAGCCUUGCAGACGUGUGCGGCCGAGCAUCACGACCUGAAGUCUUUCAAAGCUUGCUUCCACAUGGCAGCGAAAGAAGAGUGGUGGACGCCCGCAAUGGAGCAGGAACUGUUAGUGGAACUUCUUUGGCGACGAUGCGCUACCCCGACCGAAUCCCAGUCAAAGACUGAGACGAAGGCACAACUGCUCGCACGCCGGAGAAUCGAGUACGAUUUCGUCUCGAAGAAUGACACCAGAAGAAGCGAGGAGUACUUCCUGAUCUGCACGCAUUGGCUUGACUCCUGGAAAGCCUUCAUCAGGGGACGUAAUCCGUGGAUGAUGCCUCCUGGUCCGAUAAGCAACAACCGCUUGAUGGAUGCUUUCGGAAACCCUCUACCGGACAAGCAGGAGAUUCGUGACUAUCGCGGGCUCAACCGUGCUGUGUGGGAAUAUUUGCACUCCCGGUAUGGCGGUGGUCCGGAGAUCAAGCGCAACAGGUUGAACUUGUAUAAACCUGACUCUCUCACUGUUUUUGCGACCAGAUGA